CUCAGUAAGCAAAAAUACAGCCCGGUCCUCUCAUUUUGUCACUCCCCAAUGGCUUCCUCCUCUUCACUUGUGCUUAUCCUUGCCACAGCUCUUCUGCUUGCAACCUCCUUUGCUCAGCUCACCCCUGACUUCUAUUCCGAGUCUUGCCCCGGCGUCUUCUCCGCCGUCCGGUCUCAGAUUGGGAUAGCUUUAGAAAAGGAGAAGAGGAUGGGCGCAUCGCUUGUUCGCAUGUUCUUCCACGACUGCUUUGUCAAUGGGUGUGAUGGCUCUGUUCUGCUGGAUGACACACCAACCUUCAUCGGGGAGAAGAGAGCAGGGCCGAAUAUGAACUCCGUCAGGGGAUUUGAGGUGAUCGAUGCCAUCAAAGCCGCAGUGGAGGAGGUCUGCCCUGGUGUGGUCUCCUGCGCCGACAUCAUAGCUAUUGCAGCCAGAGACUCUGUCGUUGAGUUGGGAGGUCCAAAUUGGGACGUGAAGCUUGGGAGGAGGGACGCGAUGACAGCAAGCCAAGCCUUAGCAAACACCAGCAUCCCAGCUCCCACCAGCAAUCUUACUAAGCUCAUCUCUAGCUUCGCCGUCCAGGGACUCUCCGUCCAAGAUAUGGUUGUACUAUCAGGAGCUCACACCAUUGGCCAGGCAAGGUGCACCACCUUCAGAAACCACAUCUACAGUGAAAGCAACAUAGAUGGCUUCUUCGCCGGAACAAGGCAAGCCUACUGCCCUCCCUCUAAUGGCACAGGCGACAACAACUUGGCUCCCCUUGACAUAGAAACCCCAAACUUCUUCGACAACAGCUACUACAAGGACCUGAUUGCCAAGAGGGGCCUCCUUCACUCUGACCAGGAGCUCUUCAAUGGAGGCUCUACCGAUUCUCAAGUUUCGGAGUACAGUGAAAACUCUGACGCCUUCUAUGCCGACUUCGUGGCGGCCAUGAUCAAGAUGGGAGAUAUCAAGCCUCUCACUGGCUACGAUGGUGAAGUAAGGAAGAACUGCAGGGUGGUGAACUGAAGAUAAGUCAUAGAAGAGAAAAUCAUCACAGUGUUGCACUUUUGUUUUUCAUUUUCUCUGUCCUUGUAAGGAGUGUACGAGAGUGAAGGCUUUCGCUCAUUUGACACUUUUGUCAUUUCCUUUCCUUUUUACUUUUUCUUCUUUUUUUUUCUUUCCUGACUGCCAAGGUAGAGUAAAACCCUAGUUAUCGAACUGUUGACCUGAUCAUUCCUUUCUCCUAAAGUUCCCAAAGUCCCCACUUAGCUUGGAAUAUGAAGCUCUUGCUGUACUUGACCUUUCUUGUUUGCCUUGGCCUAUGUUUGAAAUGCAUUUGUUAUUGAUUUGAUUGUGUCCAAA